AUGCUGCAGGGUUUCAACUGGGAGUCGCACCGCUUCGAGUGGUACAAGCUGGUGCAGGAGCGCGCGGGUCAGAUCUCCAAGGCGGGUUUUACCCAGAUUUGGCUGCCCCCGUGCACGGAUUCGCUCGCGCCCGAGGGCUACCUGCCCCGCAACCUGCGAUCGCUCGAGACCAAGUACGGUAACGAGGCAGAGCUUCGCUCGCUGAUCGGCGAGCUUCGCGCCAACAACGUGCUCCCCGUGCUGGAUGCAGUGCUCAACCAUCGUUGCGCGACGCACCAGGGCAAGCACGGCAAGUGGAACCGCUGGGAGGGCACCGGCAUGGACUGGGGCGAGUGGGCGAUUACCAACCGCAACAAGGAUUUCAUGGGCGAGGGCGGCGAGCCAACCGGCGACGAGUUCUGGGGCUCACCCAACAUCGACCACAAGCAGCCCAAGGUGCAGGAGGACAUCUGCGAGUGGAUCCAGUGGCUCACCAACGACGUCGGGUUCGGCGGCAUCCGAUUCGACUUCAGCAAGGGGUACGGCGGGGAGUUUGCAGGCACCUACACUCGCGCGUGCAUGCCCGAGUUUGCCGUGGGCGAGUACUGGGACACCCUCAACUACGGUCAGGGCCUGGAGUACGACCAGGACGCGCACAGGCAGCGCAUCAUCGACUGGAUCGACUCCACCGGCGGCAUCUGCACCGCGUUCGACUUCACGACCAAGGGUAUCCUCCAGGAGGCUUGCGGCCGAAGCGAGUUUUGGAGGCUUGUGGACAAGAAGGGUCGGGCGCCCGGCGUCAUCGGCCUCUGGCCCGGACGCGCGGUCACCUUCAUCGACAACCACGAUACCGGUUCCACCCAGUCGCACUGGCCGUUCCCCAGCAACAAGGUUGGCAUGGGCUACGCGUACACCCUCACGCACCCCGGGACACCCUCGGUGUUUUGGGAUCACUACUUUGACUGGGGCGACGAUCUCCGGAAUCAGAUCCAGGGCCUGAUGGACACCCGCAAGAAGGCGGGCAUCCACGCGAGGUCCAAGCUCGAGAUUGUCGCAGCGACGGACAGCGUCUACGCGGCGCUCGUCGGGGAUAAGCUGGCGAUGAAGAUGGGCAACGACGGCUGGAAGCCCUCGGGCGACGGCUGGAACGUCGCCGUCAGCGGGGAUGGUUGGUGCGUGUGGACCAAGGACUGA